UACGAGAGGCGCUGGCGCACGCGGCGAAUUGGGAGAUAUUGUGAGGUUAGGUGUGUUGUUGGAGCAUUUUCAGUGUGAAAAUAGGUAAAACCAGGACAUCGGGAUGCCGUUUAUGAGGGGAAGAGCUCCUGUUCGCAGGACAAUGCAAUAUCUCACCGCUGGAAAACUGGUGUUUAAGAAGAAUGUGAGAAUUUUCAGUAUAAACUACAACACUUUCGGACAUCAUCACAAGGGCGCCAGGGAUUUCGUGUUCUGGAACUUGCCUCAAGUGCAGUACAAAAAUCCGGAUGUUCAAGUAAUUACAUUUAAGAAUAUGACACCAUCGCCAUUCAUCCGGUGCUAUUUUGAGGAUGGAAAGGACAUGAUCAUCGAUAUCGACAGCAAGACAAGAGAUGAGAUUGAUGCGCACGUGAUAAAAGUACUGGGGAAAUCGCAGGAGAUUCUGCGGGAGGAAGCGAGAAUGGCUGAGAAGCAGGACAAUCCGGCCAAUUUCGGCUAUUUCUGCGCGAAACCAUGCAUGUGCACCAUUCCCGGACAGGUGCCGUGUCCGGGCGUUGUUCCCCUUCCCUAUCACAUGCGCGGCAAAUUCAAGAAUAAGAAGGAUUGA